AUCGGCUGUCGUGACUCACUCUGAUAUAAGUUUCCGCGUCUGCUGCGAAAGUGUCUCUGCUGGAUAAAUGCAAUUUUAUAAAAAUGAGUAACAAGCAAGGUUUAGUUUUGGGUGAUUAUAUUUGGGUGAACCAAGUUAAUCAAGGAGAAUUCGACAUACCCGUUGGCGGACGAGUAAUCGCUAUCGAAAAUAGCAGGGUGAAAAUUAAAGAUGACGACGGGGUCGAACUGUAUGUGGCAAACCAACAAAUAUUGCGCAUUAUGCACGUCAGCUCGGUUAAAGGGGUAGACGAUAUGAUUAACUUGGGAGAUUUACAGGAAUACGCGAUUUUAAGAAACCUGCAUAAGAGAUACAAAGAAAAAACAAUUUAUACUUAUACGGGCACGAUGUUGGUGGCAAUUAAUCCAUACGAACUACUACCCAUCUACACAAACGCAUUAAUCAAUAAGUAUAGGGAUAAGAAUUUUGAGGAACUCCCUCCCCAUAUAUUCGCCGUGGGGGAUAACAGUUACAACGAUAUGAGAAAAACUUUGAAAAAUCAGUGUAUCGUUAUCAGUGGAGAAAGUGGAGCCGGAAAAACUGAAAGCACCAAACUAAUCCUCCAGUACUUGGCCUCAACGAGCGGUCAGCAUUCGUGGGUGGAACAGCAAAUUCUUGAAGCCAACCCUAUUCUCGAAGCGUUCGGUAACGCAAAGACGGUGAGAAAUGACAAUUCGUCCAGGUUUGGCAAAUACAUCAACGUGGAUUUCAACGCGAAAGGCGCCAUAGAAGGCGCCAAAAUCGAACAAUAUCUGUUGGAGAAGAGUAGGAUAGUAUCUCAAAACGAUGGCGAGAGGAACUAUCACAUCUUUUACAGCAUGCUUGCAGGAUUACCGAAAGAGGAGAGGAAAAGACUGGAUUUGGGCGAAGCUGAAGAUUAUGAAUAUCUGAAGGGUGGUCGUACGCUCACUUGCGAGGGCAGAAACGAAGCCAAAGAGUAUUCGGACAUUGCCGCAGCGUUGAAAGUGCUUAAUUUCACCGAUAAACAAACUUCGGAUAUUUUUACUUUGCUCGCUGCGAUUUUACACUUGGGCAACUUAAAGUUCAAAUCUGGAUCGUCGUCUCAUUCCGAAUCGUCGGAAAUUGGCGACGUCGGAUUAAAUGAGAAAAUCGCCAAGCUUCUAGGCGUUAACAAGUUUGAACUUGGCGAAGCUCUGACUAAGAAGACGAUUUACGCACACGGAGAUACGGUUGUAUCGCCGUUGUCCAAGGGCCAAGCAGCCGAAGCAAGGAACGCGUUUUCAAAAGGCAUCUACGGCAAAAUGUUUAUAACGAUUGUGGACAAGAUCAACGAAGCGAUCUACAAACCAAAGAUUCCUCACAAAAAGUCAAUCGGUGUGCUGGACAUUUUCGGUUUUGAGAAUUUUACGGUCAACAGCUUCGAGCAGCUGUGCAUCAAUUACGCCAACGAGAAUCUGCAGCAGUUCUUCGUGCAACACAUCUUCAAAUUGGAACAAGAAUAUUACACCAAGGAGGGGAUAAAUUGGUCGAAGAUCGAGUUCGUCGACAACCAGGACGUCCUGGACAUGAUCGGGUUGAAACCCAUGAAUUUGCUGUCGCUUAUCGAUGAGGAAACGAGGUUUCCCAAAGGAACAGAUUUCUCCAUGUUGACGAAACUACAUGGUCAUCAUGGGACUAAGAAGUUCUACCUCAAACCAAAAUCUGAUAUGACGCCGGCAUUCGGAGUUCAACAUUUCGCGGGAUCAGUGUUUUAUGACGUGCCAGGUUUCUUGAACAAAAACAGGGAUACUUUCAGUCAAGAUCUAAAAAACCUCAUCCAGACAAGUCAAAACGACAUGCUUAAAAAUAUUUUCAAAAGCGACCUCGAUCAAGACUCUAACGGAAAGAAGAUGUUUACCCUUUCUUCCCAAUUUAAAACUUCUUUGGAGUUGCUCAUGAAAACUCUAGGUUCGUGCCAUCCGUUUUUCGUUAGAUGCAUCAAGCCGAAUGAAUUGAAAAAGCCGCAGAUAUUCGACAGGGCAUUAUGUUGCCGUCAGUUGAGGUACUCUGGAAUGAUGGAAACUGCGAAGAUUCGACAAGCGGGUUACCCAAUCAGAUAUUCGUAUCCAGAAUUCGUCGACCGGUUUAGAUAUUUGGGAAAGGGCAUACUACCAUCUUCGAAAGGAGACUGUAGAGAAUCUGCGGCUAAAGUUUGCGUCGAAGUUUUCAAAAAAGGUGAAGACUUUCAACUAGGCCAUACCAGAAUAUUCCUGAAGCACAUCGACAACGAACGUCUGGAAGAACUGCGAGCGGCAAUAUUGGCAAGGUACAUAGUAGUACUGCAAAGGACAAUUCGCGGGUGGAUUCACCGGAGGCGAUUCCUGAGAUUAAGAGCUGCAGCAAUUGUAUUCCAGAAACAUUACAGAGCCAGAGGCUACAGAACAAGAUAUCUUCUCACGAAGAACGGAUAUCAACGAUUGCAGGCCAUCAUAUUAUCAAGGCAGCUUACUUUCACUUAUAAAAAAGUAAGAACUCAGAUCAUCGGCCUACAGGCAGCUUGCAAAGGAUACUUGCAACGCACUAGGGGUCAGUUUGGAAAAAUUGUGGGAAUCAUCGCUCAGAGGCGUUCAGACGAAGCACAACUCAGAGCGAAAGGCAAUAAGAACGCGAGGCACGACGCAGAAACGUUAAUGAAACAUCGCUUAGCUGAGUGCAAUGCAAACUAUGCCGCUAAACUGAAGCAACAGGAAGAGGAAGACAAUAGAGCGAACAAGAUAGUAGACAACGAAUUCGCUUUCUUAGACGCAUCUAUAGAACCGUCACCGACAGAGGAGAAGUCCAGACAAAUUAUUGAAAAUAGUUUGGCGAACCAAUUAAGCAAAGAAACACUUCCGGAAGAGGAUCUGUCGGAGUACAGUUUUCGUAAAUACGCGGCGACUUACUUCGUGAGCGGUACGGGGCCCCAACAUUCUCGUAGGGCGCCACGUAGCUCCCUCCACGAACUUCCGACUCCCGACGACGUGUUAGCUGCCCAAGCCCUCUGGCACGUAAUUGGACGCUUCAUGGGUGAUUUCCCAGAACCGAGGGAUCACCACGCGGCGGAGGAAUCGCGCGUGCCUGUAAUGCACCAGAUUAACGAGACAUUAAGCAGGGGAUUCGUGAAUCGCAAAGAGUAUCAGCACAUUGUGCAACAAGAGAAACGUUACAUGAACUCCAUGAAGAAGAACGAUAGGCAAAAAAUCAUAAAUAUGACGUUGAAGAGGAAGAAUCAGCUGCUCGAAGACGUUAAGCGCGGUUUGGUUGAAGACACGUACGCCGUCAAAAGUUAUAAUAACUGGAUCAACGAAAGGAGAACCAACAAUUUGGAGAAGCUCCACUUUAUCGUAGGACACGGAAUAUUAAGGCCGGAACUUAGGGACGAGAUUCUUUGUAUCAUCUGUAAACAAUUGACCAACAACUACAGUAGGGCCUCUUAUGCCAGGGGCUGGAUUCUGCUUUCCCUCUGCGUCGGUUGUUUUGCCCCUUCGGAUCGUUUUGCGCCAUAUUUGAGAGCUUUCAUUCGAUCUGGGCCGCCCGGAUAUGCGCCAUUCACCGAAGGUCGACUGAACCGCACCCUUAAAAAUGGAACCCGGGCUCAACCGCCCACUUGGCUUGAGCUCAUUGCCAAUAAGAAUAAAAGUUCGAUCACGUUAAACGUCACUCUGCUGGACGGUUCGAUCCAGACGGUGGAAAUCGAUUCUGCGACGACAGCCGAAGAAGUGGUCAUCCAGAUCGCAACCACGCUCGGCUUGAAAGAUACGUUCGGCUUCUCUCUGUUCAUUGCGUUGUACGAUAAAGUGAUGUCGCUGGGUAGUGAAAGCGAUCACAUCCUAGACGCGAUAUCGCAGUGCGAACAAUACUCCAAAGAAACUGGGCACGAGGAGAAGACGAGCCCUUGGAGGGUGUUUCUUAGGAAGGAAAUGUUCGCGCCGUGGCACGACCCGUCUUACGAUCCAGUCGCUACUGACCUCAUUUACCAACAAGUCGUGCGAGGUUUGAAAGCCGGAGAAUACAAAUGCCAGCAGGAGGGCGACGUCGCGACGCUAAUAGCAACUCAGUUUUACGUUGAGCACGGUUUUCCGCUCAAUCAAAAGAUACUACACAGCCGUAUCGGCGAAUUUUUGCCGGUCGAGUUGGUUAAACAAAAUCAUGGCAAUUUACACGAAUGGGAACAGCGCAUUGCCGACGCGUUUUCCAAACUGAUAUGCGUGAAGAAAAAAAUGCCCGCGGCCAAAGCCAAAGAGAUCGUCGUAGUUUACAGCAAAGCGACGUGGCCCAUUUUGUUCUCCAAGUUCUACGAAGCAGAACAGAUAUCCGGUCCCGAAUUGCCGAAGAAAAAUGUCAUAGCGGCGGUCAACUGGACCGGUAUCUACUUCAUCGAUGAUCAAGAACAGAUACUUUUGGAACUGACCUUUGCGGAUGUUUUCUUCAUUACGUUCGAUAAUACCGGACACGUACCAAAGUUGAUGUUUACCACAGUGAGAAAGGAAGAAUACGUUUUCCAUAUGCCGGAUGCCAAAAAUAUCUGCAAUCUUGUGCAAGGUAUAGUGGACGGGCUCAAAAAACGUUCGAUAUACUGCGUGGCCACUCAAGACUACAAGCAUCCAACCAAUGUGGAGUCGUUCCUCUCCUUCAAGAAGGGAGACCUAAUCAUCCUUAAGAAUAACUUAAACGGCGAAGCUCUAAUGACGUCCACUUGGGGCUAUGGCGAAUGCAAUGGUCGGGUUGGCGAUUUCCCAACCGAAUCCAUUUACAUAUUGCCAACAAUGUCGCGCCCGCCUCCAGAUAUAUUAAUUUCAUUCCGAAAGGAAGGCGUCACCGAAAAGCAACAUUCUGUCUCCGCGCUGACGACCAUGCAACGGAUGAGGUUGUACACCUUGGCACAUUACGCCGAAGAUCAUUUCAGAAGUGGUCGAAGGCUGACAACGGUAGGACGACCUUCAGUAAUGACCGCGGCAAGGAGGAACUCGAAAGAAGAACUGUGGAAGUAUACCAACGAACCGAUCUAUCAGCCGUUGCUUCAAAAACUAUUGGUCGACGACGAGGCCAGCAAAGAAGCCUGCAACAUAUUUACUUCAAUUCUUAAGUACAUGGGAGACUUGCCCGCACCUAAAGCCAAGUACAGUAACGAAUACACGGAUCAAAUCUUCGAAGCCGCUUUGAAGAACGACAUGCUGCGAGAUGAAGUUUACUGUCAGAUUAUGAGGCAGCUGACGUUCAAUCGACUGACGAUAAGCGAGGAGAGGGGAUGGGAACUCCUGUAUCUGAUAACUGGUUUGUUUAUACCCAGCGCCAAUUUGCUGGAGGAAACCAAGAAAUUCUUGAAAUCUAGAGUACAUCCUUUCGUGGAACCUUGUCUUCAACGGCUACAGAGAACGCAAAAAGUGGGUCCCAGAAAAUUCCCGCCGUAUUCUAUCGAAGUAGAGGCUAUCCAGCACCGCAGUAUGCAAAUCUUCCACAAAAUCUAUUUUCCGGAUGAUACCGAUGAAGCGUUUGAGGUGGACUCGAUGACUAGGGCAUCAGACUUAUGCAAUACGAUCGCCGUACGUUUCGAAUUAGCGUCUACGGAUGGCUUCAGUUUGUUCGUCGCGAUUGCCGACAAGGUCUUUUCUAUUCCGGAGGACACAUUCUUUUACGAUUUUCUCAGCGAGCUUAUAAAUUGGAUUAGGGCUACCAAACCCAGCUGGGGCAGCGCGGCAUCAGUUCAAGCUCAGUAUCAGGUGUUCUUCAUGAAGAAAUUGUGGGUCAACGCUGAACCAGGAAACUGCUUGAAUGCCGAUCAGAUUUUCCACUACCAUCAGGAAGUUCCCAAGUAUCUCAAGGGAUUCCAUAAAUGUAACAAAAGAGAUGCUAUUCGACUUGGCGCAUUGAUUUUAAAAGCCCGAUUUGGUGAAGAUCUAGACGAAGUUGAAGAGGCAAUUCAUAACAACGUCAAGAACUUCAUUCCGAUGGACGUGGCUAAGACGGCAAACACAUCGGAAUGGAAGAAGAGCAUCCUUGCUGAAUAUAAGAUUGUUAGGAUAAGUUCGUCAGAAGCGAAAACGGAAUUUUUAAGAAUAAUCUACCCGUGGCCCACCUAUGGCUCGACAUUCUUUGAAGUAAAACAGACCACGGAACCUUCAUAUCCUGACAUCGUAACGAUCGCCAUCAAUAUCCGCGGAGUUAAUAUUAUCCAUCCACAAACAAAGGAUAUUCUGGCAGUGCACGAGUACUCGGAACUGAGCAACUGGUCCUCGGGCAAUACUUACUUCCAUUUGACAGUGGGUAAUAUUAUGAGAAAGACGAAGAUCCUCUGCGAAACAUCGCAAGGAUAUAAAAUGGACGAUCUUAUUACUUCCUACACCGACUACUUAAAGGAAACGGCGAAAAAAGAGAAAAAUGAUAUUUUUGUGAUAUAACUGAUGUUUGAUUUUUAAUA